AUGCGCCCCGAUAGCGUUUGCUCCUAUAUAGACGAGCAUAGGUAUGGGCUCCAGUCCGUCGUCGGAACCGUCUGUGCAAUAGGAGGCCUGACAGCUGAGCCAUGGACGUCCUGGCAUCUCCAAGCACAGAACGAUUCUAGCAAAAGUCAAUCCGAUUACUCCACGAGGGAUGAAGCCACCUGUAGGAUACCAUUGUGUUACGGCCAGCACAUUGAUAUAGUCGAGUUGGCUCCAGUCAUAUACAGUACACUAGUGUUCUACGACUUGUCAUUCAGGGGCCAUUUCCACCUAGACUUCCAAUUUGAACGCCCAGCAUCCUUCAUCAUGGUCAAAUUUGGCCUUCUCUUCUCGCUCCGGAGAACCACACCUUUCUUCUUACACGUCCACCAGCCUGCAGUGAGCAUGCGGUCUCCCAGUUUGACGCGAAAUGAUUCCGAUCAUUCUCAAGUGUUCAGGUGCGAUGCCAGAGUUCACAAGACGGCUUACAUCUGUUCCGGUUACCGAGGACUAGCUGCGCUGAGUGCGACAAUGUACACAGCUACUCAGCCGCAGCGACGAAUCAUCGUAACAUCGCAGAUGCAAUGGCGAUCUUAUCAUCAGCAGGAUGCUGAGCUCCAGAAAGCUGCUGAACAUGAUAAUAGUGACGACGCUUUCGCGAUCCACUAA